UUUAUGGGGGUGAAAAAAAAAAAAGACGUCAGGUCAGGGAUAUAAAUGCCCAUCGCCAUUGAGGGCCUGCUGUAGCUGGGAAGUGAAUAGACUCCAAGGACACGGUUCAAAGAGCUCUGACACUUGGUCCCAAAUUUCUUACUGAACCUAGUACAGCGACUGAAACGCGCUGCCAAGACCUCUGUGGAGACCCGUGAAGCAGGUGGUGAGGAGCCUUUGAUCUCUGUGCUUUACUUUGCCACCCCAGCAUGUGCACUGGGGGCUGUGCCAAGUGCCUGGGGGGCACCCUCAUUCCCCUGGCUGUGUUUGGCCUCCUGGCGAAUAUCCUGCUGUUCUUCCCCGGAGGAAAGGUGAUAGAUGACAACAACCACCUUUCAGAAGAGGUCUGGUACUUCGGAGGAAUCCUGGGGAGCGGAGUCUUGAUGAUCUUCCCAGCGAUGGUGUUCCUGGGCCUGAAAAACAAUGACUGCUGUGGAUGCUGUGGCAAUGAGGGCUGCGGGAAGCGAUUUGCGAUGUUCACCUCCACACUGUUUGCUGUGAUUGGAUUCUUGGGUGCUGGAUACUCAUUUAUCGUCUCAGCUGUCUCCAUCAACAGGGGUCCUAAAUGCCUCAUGAGCAACAGCACAUGGGGAUACCCCUUCCAUAAUGGUGAUUAUCUUAAUGACCAAGCCUUGUGGAGCAAGUGCACACAGCCCCAGGAUGUGGUCCCCUGGAAUCUGACCCUCUUCUCCAUUCUGCUGGUCAUUGGAGGGAUCCAGAUGGUGCUCUGUGCCAUCCAGGUGAUCAAUGGCCUCCUGGGAACCAUCUGUGGAGACUGCCAGUGCUGUGGCUGCUGUGGGGGUGAUGGACCAGUCUAACUGGUUCUGAGGAGCUGCUCCAACUUUACAGCACUUCCCGUGGGAAGACACGCCCCCAGGACACGCCCCAGACUUGCUCAUGAACCUUACUAUUUUCUUUUUUCAAAUAAAGAAAUAAUUGGGUAACUUUACAAAUUAGCUCCCUUUUAGAAUUCCAGAACAAGUUCAAGGCAGAUUUUUCAUGAUUUCCUCCAAAAAGAAAAUGUAAGCAAGAUGAAAUCCUCUGUCCUACCACAUGGCUUCUUUGUAUAUAAAGAUGUUCAUAUUUUAGGAAGAUUUUCCUAACUCAAAGAGAAAAACAUUAAAGUGAAAACCAGUUUUUCAGGAUGUGUGGACAGGGAAUGAUUGCUGUAUGAUAUGUAAUUUUUAUGUGCAGCCUUUUGGGGCUAACUUGUCUGGGCUAUUUGUGACUAGUUUUAUGAGCCUGUCAUCAUUAGCCAGGGUUCCCACAUGUAUAUUAAAUUAAAUUAAUUAAAUUCAGAAUUAAAAUAAUAAACAUUAUGUGUAUUAGAAA